CAAGAGAAGAAAUAUGACAAAACGCUGAAACUGGGGGUCACAGAAAACGAAAUAAGGGUUUGACGCAUUCGAGACGAAGUAGAUCUGUGUCGGAGCAGAAGGCGAAGAACAAACCCACGUAGAGAAAGAGGAAAAUUUCUUUACCUUGCUGCCAAUUAUAAUCAUAUAAGAAAAUAGCAAUUACUUAUAAAGAUUGAAACAAGAUGAUGUCAGGCAAUUACACCAGCAUAGAUAAUCAGCAAGUCAGCGGAUCUGUACCAUCCGUGUCAGAUCCGGGUCAUGUUACAGUCAAAUUCUCUGAUUCGAAUCUCCAGACAUUCCCGCCUUCCGGUGCUCAGGGGAAGAUCUCCGGUGGUUCUGGACCUCCUCGCGAUGCCGAUGAUACAUUUUCAAAACCAGUGUCUGGUUCUGAUGAACCUCAGCCAAGUGGUUGGUUCCGGACAUUCACAGUUGCUGCUUAUAAGCCCUACUUUGAUGUUGACACAUCAGAUGUCCUAGAGAGGAUUAAAGAUUCACUUUUUCCGUUCAAAGGAAGCUUUUCUGAAAAGACUGCUAAUAACCCAGAUUUAUAUGGACCAUUCUGGAUAUGCACUACCUUGAUAUUUGUGGCGGCUUCCAUUGGCACAUUCGUUACAUACUUAGCGCACAAGCUUCGGAAUAAAGAAUGGAACUAUGACAUAAAUCUGGUGACAUGGUCUGCUGGUUUGUUCUAUGGUUAUGUCACCGUUGUUCCUCUUUGCUUGUAUUUAAUCCUCAAAUACUUCUCUGCCCCAUCUGGCCUCGUUCAGCUGUUCUGUCUUUACGGCUACUCCCUGUUUGUCUUUAUUCCUGCUCUGUGUCUAUCUGUUGUUCCGUUGGAAGCGUUUAGAUGGGUGGUUGCUGGUGUAGCUGGGUUCAUGUCGGCAACCUUUGUUGCACUAAAUCUCCGAAACCACAUUAAGGCUGCAAAUGAGAGGUGGUUCUUGAUUGUGGCUGGGAUCUUUCUGUUGCAGGUGGCUUUGGCUGUCGUAUUAAAGCUUUAUUUGUUCACUGUGAAGGUAUAAUGCAAAAUUGUUAUCAUCUGGUGGCAUAAACAUGUUAUAGAUCAGGAGAUAGGGCUAUUGGCCUAUUGGCUGUCAUUCGAACUUGAAACCUAUGUGUUCAUUCAUUUUUUGGCAAUACCUAUCGAAUAUCAAUACAAUAAAAGAGAUGGUGUCUGACUUUCAUUUGAUGCAA